AUGGAACCCGGAAAGUACCUACAGGUUGCCGUGGUAGGCGUCGGAGGCGUCGGGACCCAAGUCGUCGAACAGCUGAUCGCAAACCCGAUCUAUGGCUUCCAGCUCGUAGCGCUCACCUCUUCCAAGCGCAUGCUCCAGUCCACCAAAGACCACUGUAUCAACCCCGUAGCAUGGAAGGACGCACUUAAUGCCAGCGAGACGGCCGUCGACCUCUCCGCGGUGAAAAGCACGUUGCAGGAGCUCGUGAAGCAGGGUGAGAAGGCUGUGUUUAUCGAUAAUACUUCUUCGCAAGACGUUGCGGAGAUGUACCCUGCGUUGUUAAGUGCGGGGAUCAAUGUGGUCACGCCGAAUAAGAAGGCGUUUUCGGGCGAGGUAGGGUUGUAUCAGGCUAUUGUCCAGGCGAGCAGGAGUGGAAGGUAUUUGCAUGAGUCGACGGUGGGUGCUGGGCUGCCCAUUAUCUCGACGCUGAGAGAUUUGGUAGAGACGGGGGACAAGAUCGUCAAGAUCGAGGGUGUCUUCUCAGGGACCAUGAGUUAUAUCUUCAACAACUUCUCCGCCGUGGAGGGAAGCGAUGAAAGCUUUUCGUCGAUAGUCAAAGGAGCCCGAGCACAGGGAUACACGGAACCCAACCCGGCAGACGAUCUAAAUGGCGCAGACGUCGCUCGGAAAUUGACCAUCCUAGCCCGUAUCAUUCCAGAGCUGAAGGAUGAGCAAGGAAACUUCCCGCUUCUGCACGGGUACCAGUCGGUGGAGACUACCUCUUUAAUCCAGGAUGCCCCUGCGAGCGCUGUUUCCAACGGGGACGAGUUUAUGAAGUGGCUUCCCGAACAGGACGCACAUUUUUCACAGAUGCGCGAGCAGGCUGCGAAUGAGGGUAGUGUUCUCCGCUACGUCGGCGUCGUCGAUGUAAAAAAUAAAAUCGUGAAAGCCGAGUUGGCGAAAUAUCCAAAAACUCAUCCGUUCGCAACCUCGUUAGGAGGAUCGGACAAUAUCAUCAUGUUCCAUACCGAACGCUACGGUAAAAGACCCCUGAUCGUCCAAGGCGCUGGUGCUGGCAAUGAUGUCACGGCCAUGGGAGUUGUGAGCGAUAUCCUAAAGUUGAUUAGGCCGUAA